UCGCGCUUGCGCACAGGAGGGGCGGUGGGCGCGCAUGCGCAGUGGCGCCGCCGCAGGCUCUAUAUAGGGGCGGGGGGUCGGCGGUGCCGCCGCAUUGCAGACGGGAGCGGGGAACGAUGGCGGAGAGGCUCCUCAUCCUCCUCGGGCUGCUGGCGGCCGCUGCGGCGAGCCCUGUGGUGUGGCAGAAGGAGUGUGUGAAGGGUCCGGAGGUGUGGUGCCAGAGCGUGCGGACGGCAGCGCAGUGUGGAGCUCUCAAACACUGCCAGCAGAACAUCUGGAACAAGCCUACUGUAAACAGUAUUCCCUGUGACUUGUGCAAGGAACUUGUGACAGUGGUUGGCAAGGUUUUGAAGGAUAAUGGCACUGAGGAUGAGAUCCGCUCUUACUUGGAAAAGACUUGCGAGUUUCUUCCUGACCAAGGCCUGGUCUCCGAGUGCAAAGAAAUUGUGGAUUCCUACCUGCCAGCUAUCAUGGAUAUGAUUAAAGAGGAGCUAGAUAAACCUGAAGUUGUAUGCAGUGCCCUCUCGCUGUGCCAGUCCCUCCAGAAGCACCUUGCAGCGAUGAAACUUCAGAAACAACUCCAGUCCAAUAAGAUACCCGAGCUCGAUUUCUCCGAGUUGGCAUCCCCGUUCAUGGCUAAUGUGCCUCUUCUCCUUUACCCUCAGGACAAACCCAAGCAGAAGUCUAAGGAAAGUGGGGAUGUGUGCCAAGACUGCAUUCAGCUGGUUACUGAUGUUCAGGAAGCCGUGAGGACAAACUCAACUUUUGUGAAGUCUUUGGUUGCUCAUGCCAAGGAGGAGUGUGACCGCUUGGGACCUGAAGUGUCUGAUAUGUGCAAGAACUAUAUCUCUCAGUAUUCUGACCUCGCCAUCCAAAUGAUGAUGCACAUGGCUGUGUUCAAUAAUGCAGGAAUCGGUUUGCAAAAUGUGAUAUUACUGGAUGCUUUGACAAAGCAACCAAAGGACAUUUGUGCCAUGGUUGGGUUCUGUCCUUCUGUGAAAUCUGUUCCACUUCAGACUCUGGUGCCAGCCCAAGUGGUUCAUGAAGUGAAAAUGGAAACUGUGGAGAAAGCCGUAGUUCAAGAGAAAACUCUUUCCGUGUGUGAAAUAUGUGAGACGAUGGUGAAAGAAGUGACUGGCCUCUUGGAGAGCAACAAGACAGAGGAGGAGAUUGUGCAUGAAAUGGAGAUGGUCUGCUACCUGUUCCCAGCAAGUGUCAAAGACCAGUGUAAGGACUUCAUCGAUGUCUAUGGCCAGGCUUUGAUUGACAUGCUCUUGGAGGCAACGAACCCCGAGGCUGUGUGCGUUAUGCUGAAAUGCUGCGCAGCCAGCAAGCCCUCCCAGCAGCCAGUUUUAGUGAAAUCUGCAGAUGGUUUCUGUGAUAUCUGCAAGAUGGUGGUAGCUUAUGCAGACAAAGAACUAGAGAAGAAUGCCACGACAGCUGAAAUUGAGGCUUUGCUGGAAAAAGUCUGUCACUUCCUGCCAGAGUCCGUCAGUGAUCAGGUCCGUCUCCCAAGUGUCUCUACUUCUGCCAUAAAUGUCCAGUGCGUUCAGUUUGUGGAACAGUACGAACCUGUGGUUGUGCAACUCUUGGCGGAGAUGAUGGAUCCCACUUUUGUUUGCACCAAACUUGGAGUCUGUGGAUCAGCUAAACAGCCUCUCCUGGGUGAUGAUGCUUGUGUCUGGGGUCCAGGUUACUGGUGUAAGAACAUGGAGACUGCUGCUCAGUGCAACGCUGUUGAUCACUGCAAACGUCACGUGUGGAACUAGAAGAGGAGUUUCCAGUUCUGAAAGUUUGCCAGGGCUCUUAAAAGUGCGGGCCGAGGUUGGCGGAGAGCUGUAUCUCAAUGUCCCUCCUCUCUGCCUCAUUAACAAUUUGACCUUCACGUUCCUUUAUUGUAACUCUUCUGUAGCAGUGCUGCUGUUGAAGGAUCAGAUCUUUCUUGUUGACAUAACAAAGAUACUUCUGAUUGUACAGUUUAACUCAUUAUGCUCCUCAAAAUAGUCAGUGUGUUGUAGAUUUUUUAAUUGGUAAGCUGGAGUGGUUUUUAGGUGCUGGGAAGAAUGGUGGAAAAGGUGAAUUGAGGCAAGAUGAUAAUCUUACUAUUUUAAAAAAAGAACAAGAUAACGACUAAAGUUUCCAAAGUCUUUCUGUAGUCAGCACUGGGAGGAUUACGUGCUUUGCAUUUUUAACAUCUGUCUGGAAUGUUAAUUUUGUGUGUAAAUGUUGGGGAGCUCUAAGGGAUAAUGUUGAAUCCAGGCUGGAAUUUUAAAAGCUCUACAGAUGCAGAGGGACUCUGUGCCCGGCGACUUUCAGAGCAGCUACUGCUAUCUAAAAAGAUGCGUUCUCCUUUGAGUGACCACACUCUUUGCAUUUGGGUGACCACAUUUCCGGCUCGUGGCGUUAUCAUAGCUAAGGAAACCCUCAACCGUCGAUCAUGUCCUUUAUAUUUCCUUGGACUACUCCCUCUAAGCAUGGGUGUUGUACUAUCAAACCCUGUACAGUGGGCUUUCAGGUUUUUGAAGCAUGUUGAUGUGCUUGAGGAAUGGCUCCCUCCCCUUUGUUUUCCUCCUUAUCCUAGUUGCUCAAUUCUGCUUAGUCUUGCAGCUUCUAAUGUGCGGCUAGCCGAGUGCCAGGCCGGCCCAGCGGAGAGUCAGCAGGGGCUGAGUUCAACACAGAGUGCAGAACACAGGGGAAAAUGGCACUUAUUGUCAGCUGCCCACUUGUUCCUUGGUCUGUGUGGUGUGGUUUUUUCCUCUCGUAGCAUAUUUCAGUCAUCUAAAACUCCAGCAGUGCUGUGAGGCUCGCAAGCAGUUUCCAUUCCUGCCACCCGUUCUCACCGACACUGUGUGUGCUUCUGAGCAGUUUGGAGUAUAAGCUUUUCUCCCCAGGGUUCCCACUGGGAGAUGAGUCUGGGUGGCCGGGGAGAUGCGGAGGGCAGGAGCGGGCGCUGGGCGGCUCCGCUGGCGUACCCCACGGCAUCCCGCUGACAUGGCCCCAGCUCCCACGGCUGCUCUGGAAACAAGUCAGGCCCUCACGGUGUACGGGAACCGUGCUGCAGAUGGGCCUUGCAUCCCCUGCCAGCCUUCAGUGCGUAGUUCUGAGCAAAUUAACCCCCAAAACAGGCACGGAAAGAGCUCAGAGGAGACCUCUGGGGAGGAGGAGCUGGGCCAGAGGCGUGUGUGGAGCUUUGAAAAUUCCAGUCCUGGUCAGGAAGGUGCCGGCAACUGCUGCUGUUCCUGUGGCGUCUCGAGCGAGGCGGGAGCUCCGCUAACAGCGCCUGAGCAGCCGGCAAAGCAAUCGUGAAGCGGUUGGAUGGAAAACCACUCGACUGCAGCUUUUCUUUUGUUACAGCGUGUGCAUACCGAGUGUCUGGGCAGUGUUGACAGAUAACGAUACUGGUUUGUUCUUCCUGUUUGCAGUUGUACAGAAUACUGAAGCACUCCUGGCUUUAAAAAAGAAAAUUAAUUUCCCUUUAAAGAUGUAAAAAUAGCUGCAGAUUCCUGUCCUGAUGGGCUCGUGCAGUGGCUCCAGUGUAUCCCACUUGGGGUAGGUAGGUAGGAAACGGGCUGUUCUUCCGCUCGCUGCCCUGGAGAUACAGGUUGUUACAGCACAGCAUGCAGGAGGGAAUUUGAUCUUUUAAACUGGAUGGCUUUCUCUUAAUGUGAAUUUUUUGGGGGGGAAGGUUAGCAAGGUUUUAAUUUCUUGAGAUUUUUAGUAGUGAAGGAUUUAUGCUGGUGAGGUGAGCAGGGGGAAAUCCUGUGUUAGCGCUGGGAGCCUCUAGUGUUCUCCCUUCCUGUGGACCGCUCGAGUUAUGCUGGGGGACACCUGCAGUUGCUUUCUAAACAACAUUGUCUUGAUUUUUGCACAAAAGCUUCCUUAAUGAACAAUAAAAAACUUCUGUAAACCAAUAA